GAGUGCCGGACCGAUUUGCAGCACGGAUUCAAUAAAAUUCAUUUUUUUUCCACUGGCUUUCAUUGUUUCGAAACAUUCGAAUCAUAAAUUUGCUUCUACCGGUUCUCGGGCAGGAAAUAAAAUCGAGCACUUUGUGUUCCCGCGAGCUGUAUUAAAAUAAUUAUUCACCUCAUUCGUGAAAAUAGGUUCGAUCACGUAUCUCGAACAAUUAUUAUCGAAGUGUCGAGCUUCCUGUCGUGCAGCACACAAAAUUCGAGGAUUCUGGCACUUUUGAUUGGACCUGAACAAUUAGUCGGAAUAGUGCCCGACAGCUUCUGACAAUAUAAAGAUGAGUAGCGAAUAGAAUUUGCAAGCAUUGUCUGUCACAGGAUAAAAACGACCACACGACGCAGCAACACAUCAAAUAUUGUCGAAGAGAUUUUCUUUUAUUCAACAAGCAGUCCAUCAUGAAGUCUAUUGUUAUUUUUAUGGGUUUCUUUUUGGCCCUGGUGCUGGCAGAGGAAGUGUGUCCCUUUGGAAAAGCGGUAAGCCAGUACUUUGAGGCAUGCGCUACAGAACUUAAAACUCCGGAAGACGUCAUCGAGCUCGUGAAAAAAUGCGAGGGCCAGGAAAAAGAAGAGGUCCAGUGUUUCUGGGCUUGUUUGAUCAAGAAAGCCGAUGUGAUGCAAGAUGCUAAGAUACAGUUCGAUAAAUUAGAAGAAGUCAUGAAAAAAGAUACGGGAGCAGAUCUCAAGAGGAUCGAGGAAAUUGUUGAAGGAUUUAAAAGCUGCAAAGACGAAGCGGAGAUCAGUGACAACACCUGUAAUGUUGCAGGCAAAUAUUUAAUGUGUUUGUCACCCAAACUGUUCCCGAAGCCAUGAAUUUUCACAUCCAAAUGCGAAAUUCGAUACCCGAAAGAUGAAGAACUGGACAAGUUUACAAAUAAAUUCAACAAUUAUAAUUAUAACAGCACCUGAUCAAUAAAAUUACGUUGACGCAAAAAAUUGAA